UUUCAGUCGAGCGUCUCAUCGGCUCCUGAAGCUGCUAAGAGGUUUACUUUAGAUUUACUUCACUGUUACUAGCAAAUGUCGGGAGGGCACUGCGUUCACAAGGAGCGCGCAGUCUCGCGUUAAUUCCUUAAAAUACCGUAGUUCUCUAUUGUACAAUUAAGGGCUCUGUAACGAGUUUUCUGACAUUAAGUUGCUUCGAUCACCUUCUUCAAUCAAGGAGUGCUGCAUACACUAAAGUGGCCAUACCUAAGGGAAGCCUUUUUCUACUGGUUAGGGAGCCGACUAAUCACUUCAUGGAGAAGGUUGCUUCUGAAGGUCAUGGUAUUCUCAAGAACAUCCCUGACAAUCUGAUGGCAAAAAAAAAAUAAUUGCUGGUAACAUAUUUUAAAGGAAACAGGCACAUAGUCUGUCCGCAUCAUUCUCCUUUCAUUCCCAUCUUUGUUUUUAUGAGGGAGGAGCUUAAAGCCAGACCGAUGAUUGGUUUAGCCCCACGUUCCUCUUAAGCCCCUCCCUAAAGCAGAGAACUCUUUUAGACGCUAUUAGCUUCAUCACUGAAUUCUGGGUAACAAAAUGCCAGCCAAGAUGCCAAUGUACCUGAAGACUUCCACUCCAAAACGGGGCAAGAAGCUGAAGUUGCGAGAUGUCCUUUCCAGUGACAUGAUUAGCCCCCCGCUGGGUGAUUUACGUCACAGUGCCCACGUAGGUCGUGAUGGUGAGGGAGAUAUGUUUGGGGAUAUUGGCUUCUUGCAAGGCAAGCUAGACAUACUUCCAUCGCUAAGCCGGUCCGACGGCGACUGCCAGUUGGAUGAGACUUUCCCUGUGGAUGCUAAGGAUUUGCAGUACCCUCACUGCCAUUCUCACCCCAACAUGACCAUUCUGAAGAGCACCAUUUCCAUGCCAGUUUUUGUGGCCCCUGAGCAAGCCCCCCCAAAACCACCUCGUCUACACUUAGAGGAGAACCCACCCCAUACUCAGCAAAAGCAGCAGCAGCCACAGCAGCGCUCAAUGUCCGUCAGCGAUGAGCAUGUUCAUCGAGGAGGCUGCUAUGGAGAUUUCUGUCAUGACUUCAGCUACUCUGUCGCCAACCCUGCUUUCAGGCAUCUAGUACCAUCCUCAGAAUCCUUCUCGGAGGCUUCUUCUGAGGACUCCAUGCCUGAUGGUGGCCUGCCGUUGGACCCCCAUCGUGGACUCAGCCUAGACUCUGAUGCUGGGCUGAGCAAUGAAGAUCUGCAUAGCGAGCGUAGCGAGUCACCAGGUUUACCCAACUCGGACUCGCUUCUUGGCCUCGAUAUAGACCUAGGUCCCUCCAUCCUGGAAGAUGUGCUAAAAAUCAUGGACCGCUAUAAGACCAUGGAGGAUGCUUAUGAGCUGUGAGAUGGAGCAGGUCGGACUGCAGUGAGGUUUCCAGAUAUUGCCUAUCCUCCUCAUUAUGUCUGUUGUCUUAUUAAGGAGAAAAGAGAGAAUGAUAAAACAGCUAAACUAAAGCUGUACUAAUUUUUUACUGGAGUAGGAAAGUCAACAAGCAAUUUAUAACAUUACAAAUUAUAAUCAUCAUUUUUGUUGUGAAGAAACGGAAUGAACAACACUCAUGUUUUGCUAUUUUAAUGAUGACAAAACAGACAAAACUGUGCUAUUGUUAACUCAAGGUCUUUAAAAAACAUAAUUUAAAAUAAUGUUGCGUAUAUUUUUGUAAAAUCAGUACAAUGUAAUAAUAUACAUUAUUUCCAAAAUGUAAAGUACAUGCUACAAAGUAAGCUCAUCAAAAUUAAUAACAUUUUGACUUAUCAAUGUUUAUUGAUGUUUAGCGAGAUAUUAUCAUGUUGUUGUAAUACUAUACUGGAUUGUUGUGAGGAGUUUAUUACAUCAUCAAUGUCCAGGGAAGAAGAGGAUGAAGUGAAUUAAAGAGAGCAAAAAUCCUUUUUAUGGAUGUAUAGGGGUACAAAAAAAGUUCAACAUACUUCAUUUUGAGAUGAGAGCCUUUGACCAUAGAGUGGCAGCUGGGGAAAGAUACAGUAAUUCUUACUUAAAGAAAAUGAAUGAAAUAUUUUUGAAAGUGAAUAUAAUGGAAAAGGCUGGAAAUGUAGAUAUUUUCUGCAUUUGUUGCUGUAGACUAUAUUUUUGCUGAAAUUCACAUUUGGUUAUAAAAUUCAAAUUGUUGGCUUUAUUGUUAUAAAUCUUACCCUAUCGUAUUCUCAUUUUGUAUUUUAAAUAAAAAUAGAAAUCAAAACAA